AUGGCUCAUAAUUUGUGGUUUGAUGACGACGUUAUGGAGAGAGCUAUGAGAAGGGAAAGGGUUUUUAGGGACCGCAGUAACCUACUGGAAAUAUAUAAUAAUGAGGACUUUAUCGGUCGGUUUCGUUUGCCCAAGGAAGCUAUACUGAGUCUGACAGAUGAAUUAGCUGAAGUACUGAGCCCUGCCACUUCAAGAAGCCACAGCAUCCCAGCAGUGCUACAGGUUUGCACUGCGUUGAGAUUUUAUGCAACAGGAACGUUUCUGAAUGCUGUUGGUGACACAGUGGGUCUCAGCAAAGCUUCUGUGUCACGGGUGGUAUACAGGGUAUCAAGGGCACUUUCAAAUAAGCUCCCUCAGUUUCCAAACCAACUGGCUGAGCUGAACAGAGUCAAAAGAGGGUUCUUCAGCAUAGCAAGAUUUCCCAAUGUUGUUGGAGCAAUUGAUGGGACACAUGUCAGAAUCCAGGCUCCAACAGCUCAUGAACAUUUGUUUGUGAAUAGAAAAGGAUAUCACAGCCUAAACAUUCAGGCUGUUUGUGAUUCUGAUCUCCGGUUCCUCAACUGUGUGGCGCGCUGGCCUGGAUCAAUUCAUGACUCUCGAAUUCUUCAAAAUUCUCAACUUUUCCGUGCAUUUGAGCAAGGCAUUAUCGAUGGGGUCCUGUUGGGGGACUCUGGCUACCCUCUAAAACCUUGGCUCCUAACUCCCUUCCUGAAUCCUACUACACCUGCACAGAGAAACUACAACGCAGCACACUGUUCAACUCGUAACACUGUAGAGCGGGCAUUUGGUGUACUGAAGAGGCGUUUCCAUUGUCUACAUGGGGAAUUGCGAAUGGCACCUGACAGAGUGUGUAACAUCAUCUGUGCAUCACUUUUUGUUAUGAAUGUCCCUUAG